GUUGCGUAAUGAAAAAAUGAGUAAUUUUACAAAUAAUUUUACCAAAACAAAGGUAUGAACUAUAAAUCGCUGGCAGCACACAAUGCUGCUUGCAACGAGAUAUUUCGCCAAUUUCAGGAUUGUGAGACUGAGCAUCCGUAUCGAAGAUUACUGGGUUACUGCGAACAUAUCCAGCAAGCGAUGAUCAAAUGCAUAAAGGAACAAAGAGAAAUUCGUAGGACAGAAAGCGCACUCCGACGAAAUAGGUUAAAGACGGAACCGGCACAACCAGAAAGUGGCAACGAUUAACCCGUGCACAGAAAUAAUUCAACUAAUAAUUUGAUUACUCUGUUGAAAUCUGUAUGUGUUAUAUUUGUGGUAACUCUAGAUUAAAUCAAUUUGAAUUGUAUAUAC